AUGGAGCACGCGUUGCCUUUCCGUACACCCAAUUUCGACUGGAAGGAACUAAAACUAUCCAAAGAUAUCUCGUUCAACACCGAUAGAAGCUCUACAAACGUAAAAUCGUUUAAAACAAUUCAGGAUGACGAACCGUUUGACGAAGCGGACGCCGACCUUAUCGACGUCGAUCCUGAUGAUCCUUUCGAAAGUGUUUUUGACGACAUAAACAAAAAGAAACAGAAGUACCCAGGGUAUGGUGCUACAGACGGUUCAGUCACUGAUACAAACAUGGACUCUACCGACACUGAGCCGACAGACACCGACAUGACUACGUCCACUUCCGCUCAGAGUAUUUUCACUACGACAACCGAUGAGGACGAAAAGACCGAAUCGCUCAAUCCCAACACGGAGGCGCUGUCGUCGCCGACGUACCACCCGUCGGAGGACGACUCAGAUCAAUCUACAGACUCAGAGUACUUCGACUCAGACGCUCCGACCGACUCCUCAGACCACUCAUACACUUCACUGUCUGAGAAUAUAGACGACUCUCGGGACCCGUCGUCUCCUUCAGACGAUGAAAUGACUGAUUCGAUACCACCGGCCAAGGGAGGUCCUCCAAGAACGGUCAAAUGGUCCGAGGACGAAGUAAUGGAAGUACCGGUUCAUAAAUCCAAAGCGAAAAACAUAUUUGAUCCGUUUAAGGAGAAGAGAGAAGAGGGGAAAAAGAAAUUUGCCCACAUCAUAGGAAGAGAAGAUAUAGUAAAAAAUUGUGGAGUAUCUAACAUAUUUUCCAGCAUAGCUAAACACAUCGCCCCGAACAACUCGGUAAAUUUUCUUCCGGACCCAGCCGAAGAGAGGCUCACGAGUAGAAGAACGAAUUUCACGGGAAUGAGUAGGAAUUCCUUUCUAAACUAA